AUGAAGUUCGGGAAGAGCAUCUGCGUGCUGAACGUGGGGGGGACCCGGUACGCCUUCACCCGUGAGGUGAUCCGGGAUUUCCCUCUCAGACGCGUCAGCCGCUUACAUGCCUGCGCGACAGAGAAAGAGGUCCUCGAACUGUGCGACGACUACGACCGGGACAGGAACGAGUUCUUCUUCGACCGACACGCGCAGGCUUUCGUGUUCAUCAUGCUGUACGUGCGCUCCGGUAAACUCCGCUUCGUCCCCGGAGUGUGUGAGCUGUCCUUCUACACGGAGAUGCUCUACUGGGGGCUGGAGAGCGCGCACUUGGACUCCUGCUGCCAGAAGCGCCUGGACGACAGGAUGUCCGAAAUCGGGCUGGACAGUUUGUCCGAACGGGACGCACUGGUGUCGGGGGAAGAACCCCAGAGUCCCGACGAGUCGGUGCAAAGGACUGCGCUCUCGGGCCGCGCCAGAUGGCUGGAGAAGAUGCGCAAAACCUUCGAGGAGCCCAACUCGUCUCUGGCGGCGCAGCUUUUGGCUUCGGUGUCAGUUAUCUUCGUGAUCGUGUCUAUGAUCAUGCUGUGUGCCAGCACUUUGCCGGACUGGGAUACAGCCAAGAGAAACACAGUGGAGGAGCACAGGAUAGUGGAGGCCGUGUGCAUCGGCUGGUUUACAGCUGAGUGCAUCGUGCGUUUUCUUGUGGCUAAAGACAAGUGGGACUUCCUCCGCCGGCCGCUCAACAUCAUUGACGUCAUCGCCAUCACUCCCUACUACGUUACCAUGGCGCUGGCCCGGGCUGGGAUGCCGGGCGCCGGCCUCGGGGUCGCGGGGGUAAUCCUUCGGGUGCUCAGGAUGAUGCGAGUGUUCUGGCUCAUGAAGCUGGCGCGGCACUUCAUGGGCCUGCAGACGCUGGGGCUGACGCUCACACGCUGCUACCGGGAGAUGGUCAUGCUGAUGGUGUUUGUGUGCGUCGCCAUGGCAAUAUACAGCGCCCUGGCACAGCUCCUGGAGCACGGCUUGGACUUGGGCACGCAGAACAAUGAUUACGCCAGCAUCCCGGCGGCCGCGUGGUGGGUCAUCAUCUCCAUGACGACGGUGGGGUACGGGGACGUGUACCCUGUGACAAUCGGAGGGCGGGUGCUCGGGGGGAUGUGCGUAGUGAGUGGCAUCGUUCUCCUGGCGCUGCCCAUCACCUUUAUCUACCACAGUUUCGUACAAUGCUACCAUGAACUGAAACUUCGCUCGGCUCGAUAUGCACGCAGCCUCUCAACGGAAAUACUGCAAUGAACGCACACUUAUUUACACCAACCCGCUAUGGCCUUGAAGGAACUCAGCCCUCGUGGAUAAAAACUGUAUAGUCUGCAUUGUUUUUAUUAUUUUAUUUUCUUCAGCCUGCCUUGUCGAAGAUUUCCAUAGUGUUGGGAGGUGUGCUUCUAAAAUGUAUUAUUAACCUCUUACUUCUGCAGCUGUCUCCUCUCUGUCCAAAUUGAAACAUUAGGUAGAGCCCUGUCCAUACGAAGAUGGUUUCCAUAUUAUCCGCAAAAGUUUUGCAUCGGAUAGGCCUUUCAUCCACACGAAACCAGCGUUUGAAGUCACUGCAACUUUUUGAAACCAGUCCCAGAGUGGAUACAUUUGAAAAUGCCGGUUUGGCGUCACCAUCUGUUCAACCAAACCGCAACUUUUUUAAAACGAUGAUGUCAUAGCCCCACCUCUCGAAAACGUCACUUCACAAUAGAACUGC